CUAUUCAAUCGACACUUCAACUCUUACACAACCGUUCCUUUCUCCAUUCUGCCUGUAUCGCUCGCUCGUGUGUGGUGACAUACGUGUUACUCACUUUUUUAAUUUGCAUUUUUUUAAUUAAACCGAGACUUAGGAAAUGAGUAGGGAUCAUUCCCACAACGAGGACCAGAUCGACUGUGGCUCUCGGGUCAAUGACUCUCACAAGUAUAAAGACAAGUACAAGGAGAAGGAACACAAACAUAAGGAACACAAAAAGGAUAAGGAACGGGAGAAAUCCAAGCAUGGCAACGGUGAUUUCAAAGACUUCUCUAACAAAAAAUCCAAGGACAAGGAAAAGAUGAAGCACAAAGAUGGCAGCACAGACAAGUUCAAGGACAAGCACAAAGAAAAGGUAAAAAAUGAAAAGAUGAAGUUCGGUGAUGGUAAAGUCAAAAAAGAAAAAGAAAACGGCUUUGCCAGCCCACACGUGAAGUCUGAGCCUGAGGAUGACAUGUACCACUCUCCUAAAUACGAGAAGUCUCUAAAACGAGAGCGAGAUGAUGAUGAUUAUGACUCUGAAUUCAAGCCAAAGAAGAUAAAGACUGAAAAUGACAAGAAGGCCAAGAAAAGGAAACAGGACAACGAGGACAUCAAGUCCAAAAAAACAAAGGGCAAAAAAGGAGAAGUAGCUGAUGGAAAAAAGAAAGCAAAGCAAGAACCAGAAGAGAAGUGGAAAUGGUGGGAAGAGGAGCGAUACACAGAUGGUGUUAAAUGGAAGUUUCUUGAACACAAAGGACCAGUAUUUGCUCCACCUUACGAACCCCUUCCCAGCAAUGUAAAAUUUUAUUAUGAUGGUAAAUCCAUGAAGCUCAGCCCUGAAGCAGAAGAGGUGGCCACAUUCUUUGCCAAAAUGUUGGAGCAUGAGUACACCACAAAAGACAUCUUUCGUAAAAAUUUCUUUAAAGACUGGAGAAAGGAAAUGACUUCAGAGGAAAAGACAAAAAUCACAGACCUGAACAAGUGUGACUUCACUAAGAUGAGCGAGUACUUCAAGACACAGACUGAAGCCAGAAAAGCCAUGACAAAAGAAGAGAAACAGAAAAUAAAAGAACAAAAUGAGCGCCUCUUGCAGGAGUACGGUUUCUGCAUCAUGGACAACCACAAAGAACGUAUUGCUAAUUUCCGUAUUGAGCCCCCUGGCCUGUUUCGUGGUCGAGGAGAUCAUCCAAAAAUGGGAAUGCUAAAACGUCGCAUUAGACCUGAAGAUAUCAUUAUCAAUUGCAGCAAGGACUCCAAGUGCCCCGCUGCUCCACCAGGCCACAAAUGGAAAGAAGUUCGUCAUGAUAACAAAGUGACUUGGCUGGUGUCAUGGACUGAAAACAUCCAAGGCUCCAUUAAGUACAUUAUGCUGAACCCCAGCUCCAGAAUCAAGGGAGAGAAAGACUGGCAGAAGUAUGAAACGGCCCGUCGACUGAAGAAAUGUGUGGAUAGGAUCAGAACGCAGUAUCGCGAGGACUGGAAGUCCAAGGAGAUGCGGAUCAGACAGAGAGCUGUGGCUCUCUAUUUUAUUGACAAGCUGGCCCUGAGAGCAGGUAAUGAGAAGGAGGAGGGAGAGACUGCAGACACGGUGGGCUGCUGCUCGCUCAGAGUUGAACACAUCAAACUGCAUCCAGAAAGUGAAGGGCAGGAGUUUGUGGUAGAGUUUGACUUCCUGGGUAAAGACUCCAUCCGCUACUACAACAGAGUCCCUGUGGAGAAAAGGGUGUUUAAGAACCUUCAGCUGUUUAUGGAAAACAAAGAACCUGAUGAUGACCUGUUUGAUCGACUGAAUACUUCUAUUCUGAACAAGCAUCUUCAGGAGCUGAUGGACGGUCUUACAGCCAAAGUUUUCCGUACAUACAACGCUUCGAUCACCCUGCAGCAGCAGCUGAAGGAGCUCACAGCCGCGGAUGAAAACAUUCCUGCCAAGAUCUUGUCCUACAACCGGGCCAACAGGGCUGUGGCCAUCCUGUGUAACCAUCAGAGAGCCCCCCCCAAGACAUUUGAGAAGUCUAUGCAGAACCUGCAAACUAAGAUUGAUGCUAAAAAGGACCAGCUUUCUGACGCCAAGAGAGAACUGAAGAGCGCCAAGGCUGAUGCCAAAGUACACAAAGACGAAAAGUCCAGAAAGGCGGUGGAGAGCAAGAGGAAAGCAGUUCAAAGGAUAGAGGAGCAGCUGAUGAAGCUGGAAGUUCAGGCGACUGACCGUGAAGAGAACAAGCAGAUCGCUCUUGGCACUUCUAAACUCAAUUAUCUGGACCCACGCAUUUCUGUGGCUUGGUGUAAGAAGUGGGGCAUUCCUGUCGAGAAGAUCUACAACAAAACCCAGCGUGAGAAGUUUGCUUGGGCCAUUGACAUGGCAGACGAAGACUAUGAAUUUUAAAUCCGUUUAUUUAUCUAUUAUAAACUUUUUUUAUUGAGUUUUUAGCUUUCAUAAAUUUUGCUUGAUGGCCAGACCCAACAAGGAAUUUUUCAAGUUUGUGAAAAAAUGGAAGAAGGACGGUAAAAAGAAAUAAAAGGAACAGAACGAUGGUGUGGAUGGUAUCUGAUGUGAGCUCAGGUAACGGGGCUGGAUUAUAUCCACGACAGAUAGUCAAGGUAAAGUUCCUGUAAUCUGAAGACUCCUUUGUGUCUGUCCCUCCUCAGGGACAAAAACCUGACAACUCUGUGGUCCUAUAGCUGUGUUACACAAAAACAAAAAAUGCUUUGUAUCAUUUUAAUUUGUUUUUCACUCCGUGUGUAUUUUAGCUCUCCCAUGUAUUAUUAACGGAUUCUAUAUUUUAUUAAACAAAUUAAAAUCAAAUGAAUUCCUUAACUACACCCAUGCGCCUUUCAAGAAAAAGUGUAAGUAUGAAUGUGUGUGUAUGUGUCAGACUCAACCAUGGACACUCUGGCGUGUACGUUUCAAACUGGAUAAUGUUUAAUUGCUGUGAGAGGAUGUCUGGCCGGGCAAAGGGGAAGAUCUGCACCCAUGUUCAUAUUUACUUCAAGCAGAAUGUGAAUACUUUGUUCUCCAGCCUCUAUCAGGGACUUUAGUUUUUGCCAGUGUGGAAGUGUUUUUACCCUUUGCUUUGCAAUCAUCCUUUGGGUCUGCACAGCUGAUGAUUAAAGUAAUUGAGCAAAUGCUUUUAGAAAAUAAAACACCCAUCUCUGUUACUUGAACAUAAUGUAAUUAGUCCGUGAACGGAAGCUGUCUUGCCUCUUACUGCUGGGGUGUGUGAGAUAUCAACUUUGCCAAAAAAAAUAAGAUGAGAGGGUGAAUCACCAAACUGUUACAGCAUAGGCAGGUUUUAAUUGUAUGAUUUAGGACAAAGUAUUGUAACAUUUAAUGUGAAUGAUCAUUUCAUUUGAUUCCACUGUUUCACUGGUGGCGAGGAGGUCGAUGUAAGCAGCUGUAAACGUCCUAUUCCUGUUUUAACCUUUUCUUUUUGUCAUAGCCUCUGAUCAUGUUUCAGUUUGAAG